GGGCGCUGCCGGGCGCGCGCCGAGCGCCGCCACUGAGGAGGGUUCCCACUCGGGUCCGCACCCAGACCGUGAUGGCGGCGGCAGCGACGGCCGCGGGUGGGGAGCGGAGCAGCACCCGGGACCGGCUGCUGGCGGCGCUGGAGGAUCUCGAGCUCCUGGCCAGGGAACUAAUUGAAAUUUUGGCAAUUUCAAGAAACCAGAAGCUUCCACAACCAGGAGAGGAGAGCCAGAUCCUGGAACUGCUGAUUCAGAGAGAUGGAGAGUUUCAAGAGCUAAUGAAGCUGGCAGUUGAACAGGGGAAAAUCCAUCAUGAAAUGCAGCUUUUAGAAAAGGUAGUAGAAAAGCGAGAUAAUGAUAUUCAGCAGCUGCAGAAACAACUAAAAGAAGCAGAGCACAUACUGGCAACAGCUGUUUAUCAAGCAAAGGAAAAGCUGAAAUCAAUUGAAAAGGCAAGAAAAGGAGCCAUUUCCUCUGAAGAAAUAAUUAAAUAUGCCCAUAGGAUCAGUGCUAGCAAUGCUGUUUGUGCCCCUCUGACAUGGGUACCAGGAGACCCACGUAGGCCUUAUCCUACAGAUCUGGAAAUGAGGAGUGGUCUCUUGGGCCAGAUGAACAACCCAUCCACCAAUGGAGUGAAUGGACACUUACCAGGGGAUGCACUUGCAGCAGGCAGACUGCCAGAUGUGCUUGCUCCUCAGUAUCCUUGGCAGUCAAGUGAUAUGUCCAUGAACAUGCUACCUCCUAAUCAUAGCAAUGACUUCAUGUUGGAGCCUCCAGGACACAAUAAAGAGAAUGAAGAUGAUGUAGAAGUUAUGUCAACAGACUCCUCAAGCAGCAGCAGUGACUCAGACUAGGUACAAGAGGGACAGUAUCCCCAGUAGACCUUUCCUGUGGUGAAGGUAGAUUGGAUGCUGUUCGUCACAAACUGCAAUACCCUUUUGUGAUGCUGGCGGCCCUGUGUAGGGAGAAGAUAACAGCUGGCUCAGAAAUAGGGUGACUAAUUUAAAAUUGUUGAUUUAGAUUUCUUUUUUUCCAUUAGAUGUUUAAGUAAAAUGACUGGGAGCUUUUUGCUGGAAGAGAGAUGUUGAAUUUCCAGUGAUUAUGUAAAUGUGCGAAUGUGUAUGUUUGCAAGAGACUGUGUGUGUGUGUAUAUAUACCUUAGAUGACAAAAGUUCCUGGGAAAAAAGGUGUAAGGGGAAUCCCCUUGUAUGUUUGUUUUUAUCUACUCUUUUGAUGACAGCCUUUUCUAUGGCGCAGAAAUGAGACGUGACAUUUGUAAUUUUAAUAUCCGUUUUGUUACUGCCCGUUCUUGAUCAUGUGUGCCGAGAACAAAAAAGACGGCAAUAAGCUGUAAAAAAGUUUCUAAUUAUUGUAAUAUCUAAUGAAUGAUUUGUCAUAAUAAACCCAGCUUUCAUGUAACUUUCAUU